AACACCCUCGCAGCGUACCGUUGUUAUGAUGGCUGAGAUUAUCCACAGAGACCAAACAUCAUGACUCACUGCUGCCUCUGCUGGAGGAGGUGCAGUUAUAAUCGAGACCUCCUUGUGGCCCCUCCUAAUGUCUGCCCGGGCUGUGAUGAUGUCACAGCACUGUUUCGGGGUGUGACAAUCAAAUUCCACGUGGGGGCGGGGCUCCAGUAGCCACGCCCAUGACUGGAAGUUUUGAAAGUUUAGUAGCUCUCACAGAGCGGACUCGUGCUGGGAGGAUAGAAGCCUUUCUCCUUUCUUAACACGUAAUACCAACGGCCCCCCUGACCUUAUGUUGGAUCCCCGGACAGUUUGUCUUUGUAUGGAUGAGGUGGUCAACAAGCGGCUGGCUGGCAGCCAGCAGACGCCACUGCUGCAGGGACACCUGAAGAAGGUGGACAACAACCUGAUGGAGGCCCAGAGGUUCUCCUCAUUACCUCGCAGACCCGCGGUCAACAUUGAGUUCAAAGACGUCUCCUUCGUGGUCAGAGAGGGACCCUGGUGGAGGAAGAAAGGUUACAAAACUCUGCUCAAAGCCAUCUCUGGGAAAUUCACCAGUGGGGACCUGGUGGCUAUCAUGGGGCCCUCAGGAGCCGGAAAGUCCACGCUCAUGAAUAUCCUGGCCGGGUACAGGGAGACGGGGAUGAAGGGCGAGAUCUUGAUCAACGGGCAGCCCAGAGACCUGCGCUCUUUCCGGAAGGUUUCCUGUUACAUCAUGCAGGACGACAUGCUGCUGCCUCACCUCAGUGUCCAGGAGGCCAUGAUGGUGUCGGCCAGCCUGAAGCUGCAGGAGAAGGAGGAGGCGCGCAGAGACAUGGUCCGGGACAUCCUGAUGGCUCUGGGUCUGCUGGAAUGUGCUCAAACCAAGACGUCUCACCUGUCGGGGGGGCAGAGGAAGCGGCUGGCCAUCGCUCUGGAGCUUGUCAACAAUCCGCCGGUCAUGUUCUUUGAUGAACCCACGAGUGGCCUGGAUAGCUCGUCAUGUUUCCAAGUGGUGUCUCUGCUCAAAGCUCUGGCUCGAGGAGGACGGACGGUUAUCUGCACCAUCCACCAGCCGAGCGCAAAACUGUUCGAGCUCUUCGACAAGCUGUACGUGCUGAGUCAGGGUCAGUGUAUCUACAGGGGACAGGUGUCCAGUCUGGUCCCGUACCUGAGAGACCUCGGGCUUAACUGCCCCACGUACCACAACCCCGCUGACUUCGUGAUGGAGGUGGCAUCCGGAGAGUACGGGGACCAGAUGAUCAGGCUGGUGACGGCAGCUCAGGAGAAGAAGUGUGAGAAAGACCACCAGCCCGAGCUCAACGGAGACAGCACCCUCCACCCCUUCCUGUGGCAGCGCACAGAGGAGGAGAGCUCAUCGUCUGAAGGCUGUCACAGCUUCUCUGCUAGCUGCAUGACGCAGUUCUCCAUCCUGUUCAGGAGGACCUUUCUCAGCAUCCUCAGAGACUCGGUGCUGACUCACCUGAGGAUCUCGUCUCACAUUGGGAUCGGCGUUCUUAUUGGUCUGUUGUAUCUGGGUAUCGGGAACGAAGCCAAGAAGGUCCUGAGUAACUCGGGGUUCCUCUUCUUCUCCAUGCUGUUCCUCAUGUUCGCCGCUCUGAUGCCCACGGUGCUCACCUUUCCUCUGGAGAUGGGCGUCUUUCUGAGAGAACACCUCAACUACUGGUACAGCCUGAAAGCGUACUACCUGGCCAAAACCAUGGCUGAUGUCCCCUUCCAGGUAGUGUUCCCGGUGGUGUACUGCAGUAUCGUGUACUGGAUGACGGCUCAGCCUCCGGACGCUGGCCGGUUCUUCCUCUUCCUGUCUCUGGGGAUUCUGACAUCUCUGGUGGCUCAGAGUCUGGGUCUGCUUAUCGGAGCCGCCUCCACCUCUCUGCAGGUGGCCACGUUUGUGGGUCCGGUCACGGCGAUCCCGGUUCUGCUGUUCUCCGGGUUCUUCGUCAGCUUCGAUACCAUCCCCUGGUACCUGCAGUGGAUGUCCUACAUCUCUUACGUCAGGUACGGGUUUGAAGGCGUCAUCCUGUCCAUCUACAGCCUGGGUCGUGAUGAUCUUCACUGCGAUGAAGGUGAGGCGUGUCACUUCCAGAAGUCUGAGGCAAUCCUCAAGGAGCUGGACAUGCUGGACGCCAAACUCUACCUGGACUUCAUUGUCCUCACCAUCUUCUUUUUCUCUCUGAGACUCAUUGCUUAUUUUGUCCUCCGGUACAAAAUCAGCUCUGAGAGGUAGAGCGGGGCCGGGAGGAAGAGGAGUCGCCGCAGAGCAAGAGCCCGGAGGCCGAAGAGCAGCUGUCCAGUUUGUCUCCACUUUGACUCGCUCUUAAACAACACAUGAAGAAGAGAUGGCGUGUGAGGGCACCGCAGGCCUACAGGGGGAGAUCUCAUGGUCUCAUGGAGGUCCUGUGGGACCAGGAGCUGGUCUUCUGGAUCCUGGAGGUUUCACCAUGCCACAUCCUGACUGAUUUCUACUUUUUAGAAUAAAAGCCUCUGCAGUUGCAGGAUGACGACAUCUCUGCCUCUUUAGUUUAUUGCUGAGGUCAAAGGUGAGAGCAGCACAGAGGCCCUGAUUUCCUGAGUUCUGUCCUUCACGUUUAAGCAUCCUGCCUCUGCAGAUCCACUGAAGGCAGUGAUGCAGGAAUGUUUCAGAUUUUGCAAAUCCUGGAAAACUGUUGGAUGAAGUUUUCGGCAGUGCAUUUAAAAGUUUUUUUAAUCUUCCAUCCACCCGACCGACAUUCACACACAAAGACACAUGAUGUCAAACAAAAAUCUUCUAGAUCCUGGAAGCUUUUCUUUUGAGGCUAAAACAAAACUCAGUGGGCUGCUGGUGAAAACUAACUGGGAUAAAAAUGAUGAAAAAUCAAACUUUUGAGCAGAAAGUGUUUAGGAGUAAAUCCACAUGAUUCAGAUAUAAAAGUUUUACAAUAAAUAUGAAUAAAAAUCAUUGUCUGGAACCUGUUUAAGCACAAAUAUUACAUCUGUUUACUUUGAUAAAAUUCACAUUAAAUAAAUUUUAGAAAACUUUCCUGUGAAAAAACAGAAAAACUGAUAUUUCAAUAAAACAAUAAAAGAAUAAUUACCCACACCGUGUUCUGAAAGGUAGGAUGAACAAAACAAUGAAAAUAUCAACAAUAUUUGUCAUGUUGAGAUGCUGUUUAUUCCUGAUCAUUUCACUGGCUGUGACAGAACUAAUUAAACUGAAUUAUGGGAACAUUA